GCCUGGCCAGACUUAGGGCUCACGCUCUGGUCAGAGUCAUGGCACCCCAGACUCUGCUGCCCGUCCUGGUUCUCUGUGUGCUGCUGCUGCAGGCCCAGAGAGGAUACCAUGACAAGAUGAGGAUGCAGAGAAUCAAGGUCUGUGAGAAGCGACCCAGCAUAGAUCUAUGCAUCCACCACUGUUCAUAUUUCCAAAAGUGUGAAGCAAAUAACAUAUGCUGUUCAGCCUUCUGUGGGAACGUUUGCCUGAGCAUCCUGUGAGUGGGAGAGUGGGCUGGGAUGUGCACCCUGCUCCCUGAACCCUUCCAUCCGAGACUGUGCCCACAUCUGAAGCACAAGGACAUCAAAUCAUCAGCACAAGAACAUCAACAGGAAUGCCACCCUCCCCACUGGCUGAACUCCUUGUCCCUGUCAAAUAAACCAGAACAA